GAAAAUCAAGUUCUAUGUGCUAGAAAUUCAUGAUUUUACUCAUCCUUUUUUUUCUGUUCUACUUUGUAUAUGGAAAUAGUUUCCCUUUUUGUGGGUAUACAGUAAAUUCAGAAUAAAAAUAGAUAGGGAACCUUUAUAUUCAAAGGUCUAAAUUUCAUCCCUCCUGUUCUAGAUCAAGGCUCUCUCAGAAGGGAGGGAAAGGGGCAGGGGGAAAAAGGUUUACCUCAGUAUCAGCAGUGAUGUCCCCUGGAAAUAAUGCUAUGAUGAAGGGACUGUCUAUUUAAGGAACUGAGUUUCUGAUUAAGAGUAUGUUUGCUGAGGAUUUAAACUAAAGAGUACAUAUUAGUUGAGAUUGAUAAAAAAGGAAAAAAAUUACCUUAAAAAAAAAGUCUCAUCCUCCAGGACCCUAUAGUUAAUCAGUAUGGUUAUUUUUGUACUCCUGUUCUUCAAUCUCUUAUGUGGAUAAGGUCCACCCUUGGUUCUGGAAUGCCCUGUUGGGGCUCUGAAUGUAGUAGUUGUGUGAAAGGGUGUGAAUGAGUAUACUUUCAAAGCCCAGUGUCACUCACAAAAUUGGCCAGCCCCUUGUUUUCCCCAGCCCGCCUCCUCAGUAAUCUGACUUCCACUCCCCAGUAAGGUUACUUUUGGCUAUGAGCCUCUAGUUGGAGAUCCAGUGAGCCUGGACACAGCAGGCAGGCACUGAAAGGUGAGGGGAGAGAAGCCUCUUGGAAAGGAGGGAUCCAGCAGCAGCUCAACUCUGCAGGAGCCAUGGCUGCAACCUCUGUCUUGGUGCUGCUUAUUCUCAGUCAACUUGUAGCUACCUCCUUAACUCAGAAAAUAGGACCUCGGGGCCCUGCUGGACCUCAAGGCCCUCCGGGACCUCCUGGAAAAGACGGCAUAGAUGGUGAAGUUGGUCCUCCCGGUCUUCCUGGCCCUCCAGGCCCCAAAGGAGUCCCAGGGAAACCUGGGAAGCCUGGAGAAGCUGGGCUGCCUGGCCUGCCAGGUGUAGAUGGUCUGACAGGUCAGGAUGGACCUCCUGGUCCUAAAGGCUCACCUGGAGAAAGGGGUAGUCUUGGACCUCCAGGACCUCCUGGGCUGGGAGGCAAAGGACUUCCUGGACCUCCAGGUGAGGCUGGACUGAGUGGCCUCCCAGGAGGAAAUGGAGUCCGUGGACCCCCUGGACCAUCUGGACUCCCAGGCCUGCCUGGUCCUCCAGGUCCCCCAGGACCUCCCGGACACCCGGGGGUUCUUCCUGAUGGUGCUGGCGAUCUUCAGUGUCCUGCUAUCUGCCCACCUGGACCACCUGGACCCCCAGGAAUGCCAGGAUUCAAGGGACCCACUGGUUACAAAGGGGAGCAAGGAGAAGUAGGAAAAGAUGGAGAGAAGGGUGAUCCUGGUCCCCCAGGACCUGCUGGUAUCCCUGGAACUAUUGGUCUACAGGGCCCUAGAGGUUUAAGAGGACUGACAGGUGCACUGGGGCCACCUGGAGAUCGUGGACCAAUUGGCUUCCGAGGACCUCCAGGAGUUCCAGGACCACCUGGGAAAGUUGGAGAUCGAGGAGAGAGGGGACCAGAGGGAUUCCGGGGGCCCAAGGGUGAUCUUGGCAGGCCUGGUCCCAAAGGAUUACCUGGAGUAGCUGGACCUAUUGGAGAGCCUGGUAUGCCUGGCAAAGAUGGCAGAGAUGGAAUCCCUGGAUAUGAUGGUGAGAAGGGGGAAGCAGCUCGGCUUGGUGCUCCUGGGGAGAAGGGUCCCAACGGACUCCCUGGGCUGCCUGGAAGAGCUGGGGCCAAGGGCGAGAAGGGGGAGCUGGGCAAACAAGGAGAGCUAGGUGAAGCUGGCCCUUCAGGAGAGCCUGGUAUGCCUGGCGAUGUCGGAAUUCCUGGGGAGAGAGGAGAAGCUGGACACAGGGGAUCUUCAGGGGCACUUGGUCUGCAGGGCCCACCAGGACCCCCUGGAGUAAGAGGCUUUCAGGGUCGGAAGGGCAGCAUUGGAGAUCCUGGUUUACCUGGCCCUCAGGGCCUUAGAGGUGGUGUUGGAGACAGGGGCCCAGGAGGAGCUAUGGGUCCUAAAGGAAACCAGGGUAUUGCUGGAGCUGAUGGUCUUCCUGGGGAUAAAGGAGAACUGGGUCCUAAUGGUCCUGUUGGACAGAAAGGAGAGUCAGGUAGUAGAGGUGAGCUGGGCCCUAAAGGUAUUCAGGGUCCUAAUGGUACUACUGGUGUUCAAGGGCUCCCAGGACAUCCUGGUCCAGCAGGAUUCCAGGGAGUACAAGGUGUCCCCGGAAUUACUGGAAAACCUGGGGUUCCUGGUAAAGAGGCCAGUGAACAACAUAUAAGGGAACUAUGUGGAGGAAUGAUUAAUGAACAAAUUGCACAGUUAGCUGCUAACUUAAGGAAGCCUCUAACUCCUGGAUCAAUUGGCCGACCUGGUCCAGCUGGUCCUCCAGGCCCUCCAGGUCCAGCAGGAUCUAUUGGCCAUCCUGGUGCUCGUGGGCCACCUGGAUAUCGAGGUCCAACUGGAGAAUUAGGAGAUCCAGGACCCAGAGGUAAUCAGGGUGACAGAGGAGACAAAGGAGCUAAUGGCAUAGGCAUUGAUGGGCCUGAUGGAGAUCAAGGACCUCAAGGACCUCAAGGCGUUCCUGGAAUUAGUAAAGAUGGUCGAGAUGGUGCCCAUGGUGAACCUGGUUUUCCAGGUGAUCCUGGCAUUCCUGGUGCAAUUGGUGUUCAGGGAACUCCAGGGAUUUGUGAUACCUCGGCCUGUCAAGGAGCUGUUAUAGGAGGAGGAGGGGAAAAAUCUGGCCCUAGAAGCUCAUAAAAUGUAAUUUAAAGAAAUGGACCAAUGAUUGAAUAUUUGAGUAAACAUUGAAUUAUGAAAAGACAAAUUGAUAGACAGUAUUCCCUUAUUAAUUUUAAUGAGCUCAAAAUUGUACAUGGUAAUUCAACUCAUUGAAGCACUAUGAUGAAAAGCAUUUUCAACACUUUAUAUAUGCCCCCCUUUUUUUUUUUCAAAACCUUUUAAUGGCAACAAAUCUCACCUCUUACUUUCAGAAGGGUUUUUUUCUUUUUACCAUCUUUUCUCCCUAUACAUAACUGUCUAUUUGUGUACAAGAAUUAAACUUGAUUUCAUACCUCAACUUGCCAUAAGCAAUAAAUCCAAAACACUUCCAAGGGAGUUUAAUGUAUGUAAAUAAAAUUUUCAGGGGAGAAUUUUUGUAUAUUUCCAUAAGAUGACAAAGGAUAUUCAGUAACAUGUUCAUAUCAAACUUCACUUUUUCACAAACACUUUGCACAUAGCUAAAGAUUAUGACAGAAUCCCAGUAAGGAAAAAAAAUAAAGUUAAAGUUAAAUUUGCAUCCAGUAAUAUUAAACUGGUGACGUAUUAUUAAAAAUGAAAGGAAAAUUUUAAAAUUUUAUGAUGUCCACACAAAGCUCUAGCCAGAUUUACCUCUUUAACACUUAUUUUUGUUUGAAAAUAAAUUGCUACAAAUUUGUGAAUCUGUGAUUUUACAGUAUUUAUUUUAGGUGACUUUGUAUGUAAAGCCUGUUGGUGUCAUCUGUUGUAAUAAAUAAAGCCACUCAAAUCUGAAAGUA